AUGCAUUUCAGCACGCAAGGCUUCAGACAGCCCAGCUUCAGUCUAGGCAAGGCCUCGUCGACGAAAGAGCAGACGGAAAUGGUGGCCAAGCAGACAACAUCGUCGACGACGACUGUGAACAUUGCCGAUCUCGAGUCGCACAUGGAAACCCUAGGCGUCUCGUGCUGGGACUUUGCCUACCCGACCGGGAAAUGCGCACUUCCCGCCGUCCAGAACUGCUGCCCCGUCUCGGACGCGAAGUCGACCACGCGGAAAGCCGCACGAGCGGAGCACAAAUCCAAGCAUCAAAGCGCCGCCAAUACCGAGACCGUGAUGUCUGGACUGCAGGCAGACCAAGCCGACGACCGCCAAUACUCGAUGUCGAGCACGAAAUCGCGAUCUCAACAUCAUCAUCAUCACCACCACAAGAGCUCCAGCAAACACCACCACCGCAGCCGCAGCAACAACAACAACAACAGCAGUACCUUAGAGGUACGAACCUACCUCCUCUCCUGCCCGACCGUGGCCUCGAUAAUCUACCCGCAGACCUACACGACCAUCUCCACACUCCUCCAGACGCCCUCGACCCAACUCGUCCUGUUAGUCCCGCAAUCCAACAUCGUCUGCCCCAAGGUAUGCGAGCUGAUGCGCCUGCCUCGCACGGCCGGCAGCGGGAUCCGCGUCCUGCCCGUGCCGCCGGAGAUCGAGAUGCGUACCACCACCACAACGUGCGACGACAACGGCGACGUGGCGGAGUGCGAGAGCAUCAGCAACAUCGCCGACGCGCUGGCCGUCGACGAGGUCGUCACCAAGAUCCUGAAAAACACCCCCACCAGGCACUUCGACGGGUAUAUCGCCUUCGAGGACGAUCGCGCCGCGUGGACGUUUUUGGACCGUGUCGGCAAGGGCGUCAAGAAGGGUGCGUCGAGGAAGGGGUGCUAG